ACCCACUUCCGGCUGUGGCUCUUCCGGGGGUGGGGGGAGGCUGUCUACCCCAGCAGCGGAGGUGGGCAGCGUCAGGCUGACGUCCGCCCCACAGACCCGAGGGGCCGCGGCCACCAUGGCGUCCGGCGGCGCUCGCGGGCUGAUGCAGCGCUGGGAGCUGCUCCUCAGCGCCGUCGCGCUGUUCCUGCUGCUGCUUUCGGCGGCCGCGGCUCAGGAGCCGUCCGGAGCGGCUUGCUCUCAGAACACUAACAGAACCUGUGAGGAGUGCCUGAAAAAUGUCUCCUGUCUUUGGUGCCAUACCAACAAGGCGUGCUUGGACUACCCGGUGAGCAGGAUCCUGCCGCCCAGCUCCCUCUGUAAGCUGAGCUCUGCACGCUGGGGCGUUUGCUGGGUCGCGUGUCUGAGACUCCUCUGUGUCCCGGCCCAUCUGUCCGGCGGCUGCUCAGUGCCCUGCAGGCGUCCACGCGGACGUCCCAGUGCUGCUGUAAACGUGCUCGUGGGGCCGGCUGCCCACACUCACUUCCACUGUGCGUGUACUGAGGAGCACCGUCACGGGGUCGCCGCGCGUAGUAGGUCUGCAGGCGUUUUCCCAGAGUGGCAUUGCCAGUUUACGCUCCUCCAGGUGGUGCGGGCGUUCCCGUUGUCCCAUGUCCCUGCCAACACUCGGGUGAACUUCGAGGCGCUGAUCAUCACGCUGUCGGUGGUGGGGGGGGCCGUCCUCCUGGCCGUGGCCGUCUGUUGCACCUGCUGCUGCUGCCGGAAGAACAGGAGCCGGAAGCCGGAUAAGAGCGAGGAGAAGGCGGCACGGGAACGCGAGGAGCGCAGGAUCCGGCAGGAGGAGAGGAGAGCAGAGAUGAAAUCAAGACAUGAUGAAAUCAGAAAAAAAUACGGUUUGUUUAAAGAAGAAAACCCAUAUGCCAGGUUUGAGAACAACUGAGAGCGCACCCCGCCCCGGGACGCGGCGCCAGUCAGCGGAGCCCCUGCCCCGCCGAGGCGGGCCUGCCGAGAGCACAGCGCGCGGCCGCCCGCACACCUGCGAGCUUCUGUCCCCUUCUCUGUAUCUCUACUCGGUCACUCGAGACGCUAAGCUUGUCGGGGGGUGGGGGUUGGUUUUGGUUUGGUUGUUAAUUUGAGGAGGAAAGACAAACAUUGCACCACUGUCUCAGUCGGUAAGCCACCUGCAGGCGGAGCCGCCCACCUCUCCCUCCGUGCCGGCGGCGGGCUGCCCCCAGCGGGGCAGGAAGGGCGCCUGUCACCCGGCCGCUGCCCCGUGAGCCCAGCGGCGUCUCCGCGCGGCGCGCUGACUCGGGACGCGCUCUCACCCCAGCCGCGCGGAACAGCACCGAGGGGCGUCCUGCUCACCUUGGGUCUGUGUUGCGUUUCAUUUCAUUUUAAAUAAUCCUUGGAUUUCCUUCCUCCACCUAAAACAUUUCACCAAAAAACUUCACUUAUUGGACAGUUUUAAAUUUUCAUUUGUAUCUACCAGAGCAUCACGGUCUUCUCCCAGGGAAGACUUGAGUAACCAAUGAAGCUUGAAAGCCGCCUCUCCGGGGCCCUGCAGCACUGAUGUGGAGCCGCGGGGCCCGGGGAGGCCGCCACCGCCCUGCUCUCACCUUCCUGCCCCUUGACAGUGGGUGUCAGGCCAUGUGUGCAGCGCACGAGCCUCUCGUGCCUGUCAGGCUGGCUGCACCGCGGUCACUGAGGGGCCUGGGUUGUCCCCAAAGAGGGAGGGACCGAGCACCACGGCCCCCCUGCGGGGCUCUCUGCCCACCGGGGAGGCGGGUGUCCAGGUCGGCGGGAGGGAUUUCCGCGUGCUUGUCAGACCAGCCCCGUCCUGGAAGCGUGCUCCUGGGGGCGUGUGGUGAGAAUCCUGCAGAGGCAGCUUCUCGGGAGGCUGUCCGUGGCCUCCAGGCACACCCCACCGUGGCUUCUGUGGCCGUUCCGUCCCUUUCAGAUCGAGAUCUAGGACGGCAGUGAAUAGACCAAGCGCUUCGUGUGAGCGGGGGCCGCAAUGAUGGGGACCUGUGUGAACAGCCUGCCUUCAGUCUGGAAAUAGGCCCAGGUGCCACCCUGCUUCGGAGUAGGAAGACGUUUAGCUUCGGGAAAGCGGGUCGACAGGCACCUACAGAAACGACGUAUUCGGCUUUCGUGCUUGUGACCCUGCAGAGACCGCUGUCUCAGGCGUCCAGUCAGGUGCCCGCCACGUCGGCCUGUGCUGUCCUGGAAUUUCCACAAGCUGGGAAACUAACCUCUACGAACUCUGUUACUAUCUUUCUGACUUCUUGGGCAUUUGAUAGCAAUUUAAAGUACUAUGAAACAUUCCCAAGUAUUUUAUAGCAGCCUGCACAGUUUGUCUUACUGUUUAUUCAUAAGAGAAACUUUGUAACAGACUUCAGCAACUUUAGUAUUAACGCAGUAGUAGUCCGUAAGCUCGUGCUGUGUCUUGAUUCUGGGUUGCUGAGCUCCCCGUUCUUCCAUACCGUGUAUGUAAUCCCAUCACGGGGUCCUGAGCCCACACCAGGCCGUCUGGAGGGCUGUCGUAGUCCCUACGCUUUUUUCUGAAAUAGUCCUAAGAGCAGCCAUAUAUUGUAACCUCAAGGAAACCAGGAAGCUCGGAGUGCCUUAAUUUUAACCAGUUUCCGAAAAAUGGUUUAAUACACACUUUGUUGAAUACA